AUGCUGUUUUAUUUCUUUUCUAUUCUUUCCCUUUGUGAAGAACAGAAAGAAGUACCAGCAGAGAAAAUACCAGCUGAAAUCAAGCUCGCUGAUGCUACAUUUUAUGGUAAAUUCGAUGAAAAAACUUUAGCAUAUACUUUUACUCGAAAAUCUGAUGAUACAACAUCAAUUCUUUCUGGUUCAAAGCUUACAAUCAAGUCAGCAUCCGUUGAAUAUCAGAAGAAAACACUUAAAAUCUCAUCAAUUGCUCCAAAUGCAUUUAAAGGAUCCGAUAUCGUUAAAGUUGAGAUCUCCAUACCCUUAGAAUCAAUUGGCGAAGGUGCAUUCGAAGAUUGCUCCAAGCUAUCAUCAGUAACUCUCGAUGGAACAUCACUUUCAUUGAUUCCAUCAAGAACAUUCGCAAAUUGCAACUUAUUAUCUUCUGUUGUUCUCCCCAACACAAUCAAAACAAUUGGCGAUGCAGCAUUUUCAUGCACAAAGCUCUCUGAGUUCAAAUUUCCUUCAACAUUAACAACAAUCGGCCAUGAUGCCUUCGAAUUCAAUCAAUUUACCGAGAUCGAUUUCUCCAAAUCCAAAGUAGAGAAGAUUGGCUACCACGCCUUUUACAACAACACGAAAUUGAAAAAUAUAAAAUUCGGAAAUUCACUUAAGACUAUUUCUGGCUCUGCCUUUUCAUGCACAGCCAUUGAAGAGCUCAAAGUUGAUGCCGCCGUUACAAGAAUCAUGAAAUCCGCCUUUGCAUAUUGCAAUUUAAUGAAAUCAGCUGAUUUAACAUCUACAAAGAUCGAAGUAUUAGAUGAAUUCGUAUUUACCAAGUGCACGAGUCUUACCGAGAUCAAACUCCCAUCAACAGUUACAUCAAUUGGUUCAUGUGCACUUUCUGAGACCGAUUUAACCGAAUUUGUUGUUCCAAAGUCCGUAAGUAAGCUUGGCCAAGCCAUUUUCCGUAACUGCCCUCGUCUUGCAACCGUAGAUUUAUCUGCCUGCAAAGUAUCUAAUGUUCCUGUUGCCAUUUUCACCAAAUGCAUUGCCCUUGCCAAAGUAAUUUUCCCAGAGAACUGCACUGUCAUAGAAAAGCUCGCUUUCUCAUAUUCCGGCAUUUCCACGAUUGAUCUUCCAUCCACAUUGACAUUAAUCGGGGAAGGCGCAUUCAGAAACUGCGCGUUCCUUCAAUCCAUCGAUCUCUCCAACACAGCUCUCAAGAAAGCCUCCGCUUUCGCUUUCGCAGGUUGUUCAACUUUGAAUUCUGUCACUUUUCCAGAAAAAAUGCCAGAAUUUGGUGAUUACUCGUUUUCCGACACUGCCUUUACCAAACUAGUCGUUGGUAACGAGAUGAAAUCUGCAGGUCGUGGUGUAUAUGCCAAUUGCAAGAAGCUUGAAGAGGUAGAUUUAACAAACAUCGAAUUAGAAUCAGUUCCUGCAUCGAUGUUUGAAAACUGUUCAAGUUUGAGGGAGAUCAAAUGGCCUGAUUUUCAAUUAGCUAUAUCAGAACGCUCCUUCUAUGGUACAGCUAUUACUACACUAGAGAUGCCAUCAACUAUUUCCUUCAUUUCUGCUUCAACAUUCCAAAACUGUACAAAACUGACAAAAAUUUCAUUGAGUGACAUCAUGUUUGAUGAAUUACCGAUGUUUGCUUUUGCAAACUGUUCCAGUCUUUCCCAAGUAGAAUUCCCGUCAUCGUCCAUCCGUAUUCUAAAGGGAGUUUUCGCUGGAACGGCCAUCAGAGAAAUCACUUUUCCGAAGGCAUUCGCGUCAGUCGGAGAAUCAGCGUUCGAAGGCUGCAAACAACUUGAAAAAGUGAAUUUGCAGGACACGAUGAUUGAGAUUAUUCCGAAAUCCGUGUUCAAGGACUGCACGAAUUUGAAACAAGUGACAUGGCCUGGCCAGAAAUUCUCUGUCGGAGAGGAAUCCUUCGCAAAUUCUGGUCUGGAAAUGCUGGAAAUUCCAGGAAAUCUCGUCAAACUCGAAAAGAAAGCUUUUGCAAAUUGUCACUUUUUGUCAAAUGUUAACAUGAAUGGCAACAACUUAAAUAUCAGUAGUUAUUGCUUCAGUGGCUGUGACAGUUUGAACACUUUCACGUGGAGUGGCAGCGAAUGCAUGGUAGGAGAUUAUGCAUUGAGUUACACUGGAUUUAGACAAUUCGCAAUUCCAGAAAAACUCGCGAAAGUAGGUGUCGGAUUGUUAUUUGGCUGUUCUUUCUUGGAAACACUUGAUAUUUCUAAGUGUUCUUUCACAGAAAUUCCUGAAAAAUUCUGCUGCGGAUGCGAGAGAUUGACAACAAUCCAAAUCGAGUCUGGCUCUGCCGUGAAAAUCUUCGGACCUUACUCUUUCUGCAACUGCACUUCCCUUUCUAAUUUCAACUUCGUUGGAUCAGUUAGAAAACUUGAUAAAGGAUCAUUCAUGAAUACCAAUUUCUCGACGAUUAAAUUUCCCUCAAAUAUUCAUGAAAUAGAAGUUGGCGGUUUUGCCAACUGCCAACAUUUACAACGCAUUGAUUUGAAUGAUUCCAAUGUUUGUUUGUUAUGUCCACAUUCUUUCACGAACUGUUUCAAACUGAGAGAGAUAAUUUUCCCUCACGUUCAAACAGCAAUUCUUUCUUAUGGUUUUGAGUCUUGUGGAUUUGUUGAUUUGACAAUUCCUAAAGAAGUUACAUACAUUGGCGCACACGCGUUCGAGAACUGCCCUAAUUUAGUGUCCGUGAACAUGUCUUCUUUAGUUAUGACACGUAUUUUGCCGGGACUUUUCACUAAUUGCAGCAAUUUAUACAAGGUUUUGCUGUCACCUUGGACAGCGGAAUUGUGCAGAGAAGUAUUCAGAGGAACUAAAAUUAGUGAAGUAAUAUACGAUGAAAAGAUGGAAGUAAUAGAACCAGGUGUUUUCAUGGAUUGCAAAGAAUUAAUUUCUGUUGAUAUUAGUCGCACAAAAGUGACAAAUAUUUCUGCCAGAACAUUCAUGAAUUGCGAACGCCUUGUUCGUGUAAUGCUUCCUGAUUGUGUUAAGCAACUCCACACAAUGUGCUUCUGCAAUACGCCAAUGGAAUCCUUCAAAUGCCCAAGAAGCCUUGUUGUUAUCGGUUGGGGCGCUUUCUUGAAUUCUUCUUUGAAGACAUACGAAAUGAGAGGUGUCCAGGAGAUCCAGGAUUGCGCAUUCGAAGGCUGCCCAAUUGAUAAAUUAGUUCUACCAAGAACUUCACUGAAAAUUGGCGCAAGAGCAUUCGCAAGAACGAAUUUGAAGGAUUUCUCAAUUCCUGCCAAUGUUUAUGAGAUCGGACAGCGCUGUUUCAUGAAGACAAAGGCAAAUAAAGUGGACAUGCAGAUAUCUAACAUCAUCGACCUUAACUUGAACUUGUUUGAAGGAACAAAGAUCAAGAAACUCGUCCUUCCAAACUAUUUGCAAUGCAUCGAUGGAGAAGCUCCUGAUUGCGACAUUUAUUACUGCGGAGAAGGACCAAUUGAUGGUUAUAUUGUCGCAAAGUCAUUGACAGUAAAGAAAGGAAGGAAGAUUGAUAUAGUUGUGAAGAAUAUGAUUGAGUCAGAACAAUGUCCUUCUCUUUAA